AAGAAUAGUCCUCUUUCCCUGAUUAGGAAAUUUAUGCUGAGAUGGGUUAGAAAAAAAACAACAAUCAAACCAAGCCAAGUCAAAGGCCACCAGGUUGAAAGUGGAACACAGAGCUCCCCUUUUCAUCGAUCCGCUUCGGGUGGCACUGUCUGGGGCAUCAGCUCACCCUCUUUGCUUCUCCCGGCAUGCCACCCUCUGGGCAGCUAGCAUUGGAGCGGAGAAACAAGUGGGCUUUUCCUAGGGGGAGAAAGCCUUGUCAUGGGAAUUCACCAUCGAAAGAACUGCGGUGUUGCGUGCUAGCCUGCGGCUCCUGCGGCUGCGCAGGCGACAGACCAGCAACAGAUGUCAAACACCAAAAGGAGAGGAGAGGAGAGGGCAGAGACACCAAGUGCGGUACAUCCGCUUAGAGGCGGGAGCGUACGUUCCUCUCCAGCCAAGCCAGCCCCACCCUGCCAAGGUCCCCAUCUGCAAUGCCAAGGAGGAAAUCCGUGCGGGGCUCCAGGGACCAGCAGGGUGCGCUCGGGCAGCGCCUCAGCGUUGUCCGGAGGAACGUGUUCCUGAUGAGCCUCCUGCGUCUAGGGGCUGUAUACUUUCCAAUGCUCAUCCCUAAGGCCAAACUGCUCACUCUGCUAUUGCUGUGGGCCUACUUCUGCUCCUUCCUGACUCCUGCGGGCCUGAGGACUGGUGCCCAUUGCCGGUGGAGCCACAGGUCCUACAAGGCCAAGCUACCUCUCAGGAUAUUUCUGGCUGCUGCCAACUCCAUGGCUUUCUCAAACAACAUCUUCGUAUGGGCCAGGGAGCAUCGAGCCCACCACAAGGACUCAGAGACAGAUGCAAACCCCCACAAUGCCCGCCGUGGCUUCUUUUUCUCCCACAUCGGGUGGCUGCAGGUUGGCAAGCAUCCAGACGUCACUGAGAAGGGCAGGAGGCUCGAUGUCAUCAAUACGCUUGCUGACCCCAUGGUCCAGGUUCAGAGAAAGUACCAUAAGGAUCAGCAUGUGCUCAUGCACUUCAUGGUCCCUGUACUGGUGCCCUGGUACGUCUGGGGCGAGCGUCUAUGGAAUUCCUACUUCUUGGCUUCUGUUCUCCGAUAUGCCGUUGCCCUCAAUGGCACCUGGCUGGUCAACAGCGCUGCCCACAUGUAUGGGAAGUGGCCCUAUGACAAGCAUAUCAACCCUUGGCAGAACCCACUCGUCACUUAGGGGGCCGUUGGUGAAGGCUUCCACAAUUACCACCACGUAUUUCCCUUCGACUACUCUGUGAGUGAAUUUGGCUUAAAUUUCAACCCAGCCACCUGGUUCAUUGACUUCACAUGCUUCCUGGGACUGGCCACUGACCACAAACAGGCCACCGAGCAGAUGAUCGAGGCCUGUAAAGCCAAGACUGGUGACGGCGGUGCCUGA